UUAUUUAAGUUUUACUUUUAAUUAUCAUUCAUAAUUAAACCAACAUAUUAUGAACAAAAAGUAUAAAAGAGUAGGUAAGCACAAAUCGAGUAUAUCUAUACCUCUACCAUUAACCAACAUGAAGUUUUUUACAGUCUCAUUAAUUCUGCGGAUGUUUAAGUUCAUAGGUGUCCACCCAAAGGGACAUCGAAAUCCCAUACAACUGUUUCUGUUUCUUAUGAAUUCCUUCGUUUAUUUAAGUACGAUCUACUUGUGCAUUUUGGUUUUUGUAUUUGAAAAGAAUUUGGAUUUGUUGAAAAUAACUGACACUCUGGAGUCUUUGAUUCUACUCUUUCAUGGACUCUUAACAUUAGUAGCUGCGUACAUGAAGCAUGCAGAGAUACUAGAUUUAAUACGUGAUAUGAGAAACUUUUGGGAACCAGACGAUGUACAAGACGAAAAUGAAAGAAACGCUAACUUCGCUAUAUUAAAAACGGUCAAAAUCAUAUUUAUCUACUUUUUAUGUUUCGCUGUAAUCCCUUCAUCGUUUUUCUAUUUCAGACCGUUCAUUUUACGAAAGAGAGUGUUAGCGUUCAACAGUUAUAUUCCUGAAAGUAUCCCUUAUCCUAUAUUGUAUCUUCUUGAGACUUAUGCCUUUGUUGUGAUCGAUUUUUCCUGCAUGGCUUGGGAUGGGUUCUGUGCCACUGUGAUUAUUGUGGCGUAUGUGCAAUGGCGAAUCUUAAAUCGAGAGAUUAGAAGAAUGUUGGAGCUCAAAAUUGAAAGUGAAGAAGAUAAAGAAAUAUUGAGGAAGAAAGUGAAGAGAUGUGUCGAUCACCAUCACUUUUUGUAUAGGUAUUCGAGUAAAAUAAAUGAUAUGAUGUCCAAUAUAUUAUUGAUAUUUCUUGCUCUUACUGUGUCAGCCAACUGUAUUGAAAUUUUUAAAAUUUCAAAUAAGCCACCCGUUAAAGAAAUAUUAUUAUGUGUAACCUAUGUGGGAAGCUUAACAAACGAAUUCGUUAUAUUUUACUGUAUUCCUGGACAGCUUUUGACAUCCGAGGCUGAAAGAACUGACUUCUACUCUUACUGUUCAAACUGGUACGAAAGUGGAAUAAUCUAUAAAAAAUCAAUUAUGAGAAUGAUUUGCAUGAUGAGUCGUCAGAAAGUUGUUAUAACUGCUGGGAAAAUUGUCAAUAUUGGUAUGGAAACUGGACUGCAGACAUACAAAGUUGUCGUCUCAUAUUAUAUGUUCUUACGGACUAUUCAAUCAUCACAGUAGAAGACGACUAUUCUCUAAUCUUGCGCAUCAUUUAAAUUAAAUAAAUUUUCACGGAACACACAAAUUAAAAAUGUAACAGCACUACACACAUUGUUAAAAUAUAUCAAAUAAACUAAAAACUCACUAUGAUAAAAUUGUUGAAGAUUUUA